CUCACUCCCGGGGUCUAAAGUAGGACUAUAUAUAAAGCUCGCUGGGGGACACCGAAGCCACAAAAGCAAACAGCGAAUAUCCGUCUCAGUGGGUUUGUGGACUCCGAACACCAUCUUCAAUCACCAUGUCACAGCCAGCCGAGAUGAAGAAGAAGAAGCGUCCCCCGAUGAAGGAGGAGGACCUGAAAGGCGCUCGCAGCAAGCUGGGGCUGAAGGGCGAAGUCAAGAGUAAGACCUAUGAGGUCAUGGUGGAGUGUGAACGCAUGGGCAAAGUGGCUCCGUCUGUGUUCAGCGGCGUGAGGACGGGGACAGAGACGGCUCUGGGAGCAGGACAACCUGCUGCUGCUGCCAAAGCUCCUGGAGCCAGUGUGUUCAGCAAGUAGACACACUGCAGGGCCAAAGAGGAGCGCUGAAGAAACACGCGGCCGUCUUCAGGUUUCUGAUGGCGAUGCUGCAUUACGUGGAGAUACGAUGAUAUAUGAGAGAUAGAUUGCAUACUGUUUAUGCCAGUAUAUUGAGCGACAAUAUUGUUAAGCAAGCAGUUUAGUUACUUGGUCAUUUGUGCGGAUGUCGGGGAUUGGAUUGUAAUGUGGCGGAUGAACUGUGUGUGAAAUGUGAGAUUUAUUAUCAGUGUUGACAGAUUUUUUUUAACUUUUUUUUUUUUUUUAACUGAACAUUUUUCCUAAAUAAAUUAUUCCCCCUUUAUUGAAA